AAAUUUUUAAUUUGUUUGCUUUUAGUGGAUAAAGGGGAAAAAAAACAUACCAGAAAUCAUCAUAAAAUGUUACUAUUCCAAUGUGCUCAUUGAAUAUAGUUGGAUUAUCUAUUUUGUGAUUACAAGUAUAAACAAGUAUUACAUUAACAUAUACACAUAUUCACAUUCACAUCCACACACACACAUAUGAACAAAUUUAUAGAGUGAAUACAAACAUACCCGUAUUAAUAUAUACGAACACGUUUAAAACGUUUGGAUAAUAAGUAUGUUAAUAUAUGAUUGCGGUGUAACGAUCUAUCGUAUCAACACACAGGAUCAUAUAAAUGCACAUACAGUAAAAAUACAUACAAAUGUAUUUCUAUAAAUGUGUUAAAUCUAAAUCCAUAUAUCGAUUUUAGAAUCAUAUCACAACGUGUAAAGUUUGUAGGUACAUAAGUAGUUACGUGAUCUUUUGUGCGUGUAACAUAUAUGAUUACUAUUGUAUUGAAAUAAUAAAUAGUAACCAACUAUAUUAAAAUUAUUUUAGACUAAGUUUAUUUUAGUAUUUCUUAUUAUAUUAGAUAAUAUAAUUGUUGAUAAAAAGAGAGAGAGAAGAAAAAUGUAUAAAUUUAUAUGAAAUAUAUCCCUUUGAUUCAAUUCAAACAAAAUAAUAAUCGUGGAUAUAUCCAUGGAUGUCAUUAUUUGCGUAUCCAAUGUAUAUCAUUAAAACAAAUUAUUAUUAUUAUUGAAAAAAGUAUAUUCAAAGACCAAUGUUCAUUAAAAGUGAAUUAACUGGAUGUAAAAUUGAAUUAAUUGAUUGUUUUGGUGAACAUCAAUCACAAUUAUUUUAUAAUCGGAUACGAAUACAUAAUCCAUGUUGGAAUAAAUAUGGUAAAUCACAAUUUGAUAUAAAAUUAGGUUAUACAAUACCAUUAGAUUUAAGUAAUGAUAAAAAAUUACCAAUUCUAUGUACACCGAUACAUUUCUUUCAACGUUUACAUGAUAAACAACAAGGUCAACAACAACAGAAUCGAAAUUCAACGAAUGGAUAUAUUCAAUCAAAAGAUAAUUCCGAUUCUAAUGUUGUUCAUCGUAAUAAUAAAGGAACUACUGGAUUAGUUAUUCAACCUAUAAAUGAUUCUUGUAAGGAAUUAUCAAAUUCACUAACGAAUAGAAUUGAUACAAUGGAAAAUGUAUCUAAUGAUAAUUUUAUUAUAAAUGAUGCUUUAGCUACAAUACGUGUAUAUUUUCCUGUGAAAUUAAUGCAAUCGGCAAAUGAAUUAAAAAUUAGUUCAGAUCUUAAAAAACGAUUUCAUCUUUUACCGCAUUUACAUGAAUUCGUCGCAUAUCCAGAAUUAUUAACACUAUCCAUAGAUCAACUGAGUACGUGUAUUUUAAAAGGUUUAUCUAUGGUUCACUCAUUAAUUCAAUGUACUCUGUCAGUGCCAAAAGAAUUGUACAUGUUGCAAAAGGACCAGUUAACACUACAUGGAACCGUGCAUAACACUAAAGACGACGAUAAUGAUAAUGGUAAUAAGAUUCCAAAAUCGGAUGAAAAUAAUGAAUCUACAUCACCACAAGAGAAUCGUUUUAUAAUUGUCAAUCGUGGUAUUUACAAUCGACUGAAUGCACUGAUUCAAAUACAGAAUACAGAGAAAAUGAUAAUAAUGCCAAAACGUAUUCAAUGGUCAUUAGGUUUGAUUAAUAACCGUAAAAAUUCUUCGUUAAAUCAGAAAUUUAUCGAUUGUAAUAAUUUGAUAAGCUCCUCAUCAUCACAACUAACUAAUAAAACCAAUCGUUCUAUAUCCUCUCUUGAUAAAGAGUUAUUAACUAAUAGUGAUGAUAAACAUAACGAUGAGAAUAUUAUUCAUAAUUCUAAUCAAAACAGAACUGAUAAUCAUGACGAAAUCAUUAACAAUAAUUUCUGUAAUGGUUAUCUAAGAGAUUGGGUUGGAUUGUCAAUUUCUGAUCAUUACAACGAUUUUAAUCACAAUUAUCAACAUCAUUGUCAUGUGAACUGUCCAACAAUGAAUAAGACAUUGAAUAACACAUCGUCAUCAUCAUUGUCAUCUGCUGUUAAUGGUAAUGAUAAUUCCAGUAUGAGAGCUGAUUCAUCUGUUACAGAACGUUCAUCAUGUAUGGUAAACCCAAAUGAUCAUUCAACCACAAUUGAUAAUAAUAAUAAUAAUAAUAAUAAUAAUAAUAAUAAUAAUAAUAAUAAUAAUAAUAAUAAUAAUAUAAUGAAUAGUAUUCGAAUUGCCUUUGUUCGUCGUGAGUCAUCUGAAUGCGGUGAUGCAAUAGCUCCAUGUUUUCUUCAAAAUAAACAUUCACCUGCUAAACUCCGUAGAUCACGACUUCGUGGAACGGAUAGCUUAGUUAUUAAAUUCAAAAGACACACUCUUUCAAGAAAUUAUUAUCCUAGUGAAUUAGUUCCUAAUUCUAUUGUGCAAUAUAAUGAACAAUUAAAUUGUGAUAAAUUUUUCAAUUCUAAUACUACUUUUAUGACUACCAAUACUACUUCUACCAUUACGACUAUUAACACGAGUAAUAGUAAUGAUAGUAGUAGCAAUAAUAGUCACAAUAACAGUACUGAAAAACGUAUGCGCUGUGAUCAAAAUAAAAUUUUAUGUAUUUUAACUUCACCUCUUAACUAUUCGUCAAAUUAUUAUCCAAGGAAUACAUGUUAUGAUGGUUAUCAGAAUCAUCCUCAUCAUUAUCAUCAUAAUAAUCGUCUAUUAUCUCCAACUACACUGACCACAUCAUCUAUUGCGUCUCGAGUGAAAUGGGGAGCAAAUUUAACAUUAUUAUCUAAUUCUCUUACAAAUGAUCAUGAUACCAAUGACAAUAUACAAAAAAAUUAUCCUAUAAAUCAUCAAUAUGAUUCUGAAUCAAAUACAAAACAAUUCAAUCAAUUUACUAAUGAAUUUAAUACACAUAAAAUUUUUUUAUCGCCAUCAUUGCCGUCAUCUUCAUCGUCAACAGUGAUGCUUAGAACUUGUCAACAUGAUUUAGAUAAGAUAAUUCUACAUCCUAGACCUAGAAUACCACCGAAACGUUUGGAUUUAGCUAAUCAAGAUUUGGAAUUAGCUUUGAAAAGGAGUCUUAGUGAUUGCACAAUGCAGUCAUCUAAUAAGAAUUAUCACAGUAGUUCAAUCAAGAAAUCUUUGGCUUAUAAAGUGCGGUUAAAUAAUCAACAUACUGGGAACAGGGAUUCAACAAAUAAAAAUCUUGUGCGUCGAACGAAAGCAGUCCUACGCUCAAAAAGAAAACGUCACAAAACAUUUAGUAAUUCACGUCGUCAGAAAUCCAAGGCUGGUAAUGUUAAAGGCCAAAGACAUAAGUCUAGUGGAAAUUCUCCUAUUACUAAUUCAACAGACAAUAGUUUUGUUUCAAAUCAAUCACACAUUGUUUCAGAUGAUUCUAUAAUUAAUGAUUUGAAUGAGGAUGGUGAUCGACUGGUGAAUGACAACCUAUCACGUCUUCCAUUGCCAAAACUUACUUUAGCUAAAAAUAGUGUUGGUGAAUUUAAUGUAGUUGAAAAUCGUGAAGAGAACACUGGCAAGUUUCUUGAAAUAUGUGAUCGUAAAACUACUACUAAUAACAUAACAGUUACUAGUAUGAGUAAUGAUAAUAUCGAUAAUUCAGUUCUGAAUAGCUGUCAGGCAAUAAUUAGUCCGUCGUCGUUAUCAUCAUCAUCAACAUCAUCUAAAGUUACAACAUGUAAAUCUUUAAAACGGAAAUCUGAUAACAAACAGAGAGUAAAUUGUUUGAAUAAUGACAGAAUAGUGAAUAAAAUUCCUCAGAUCAAUUCGGAAGUUUUACAAGACUCCAAUGAUGUAGGUGAUAUUAUUACUGAUGAAUUAGACCACAGCUCUAAAAUGGUUAUUAGCUCGGUAGAUAAGCUUGAACAAAUAACAACAACAACAACAGGAUCUUUCAAAACUGAUGAGGAAUAUUCUACAUUUACAACGACUUAUGAAUAUACACCUGUUAUGAAUUGUGUUGUAUCGAAUAAAUCUACUGCAGAUUCAACAAACCUAUCGUCAGUGUCACCUCAGCAAGUAAUACAGUGGGAAAUUCCGAAAUCCACUAGUUUGACUGAUAAUUCCAAUGCAUUAGGAUUUGUACAAUCUGUAGUACAUAAUACAUUGGUUACUCCUUCUUUUGCUAUAACAACAACGCCAACCACACCUAAUCAAAUCUCCUGUGGUCAUUCCAUAAAUUUCACUAACCAACAUCAAAAUAGCUCACAUUUAUCUCCAAUUCAUCCUGUCACCAUGUGGAGUCGUUUAACCAACCCUUUGCCAGCUCCAGAUCCUCCAACAAAAUUAUUUAAUACUAAACGUGUUCCAUUUCAACAUCCUCCUCAGCUUACUCCUACUAUAAUUGAUCAUAAAUUUCAACAAUUCCCAGUGAUUGGAUCGGGUAAUUCUAUUUGUAACACUCAAGGAAUUCCACAAACACUAGUCACAAACCAUUUGCCUUAUCAUAUAACAUCGAACUCCACGACUAUUCCAAUCGAUUCAGUCGUUCAUUUGCCUACUGAUGUAUACCUAAAACAAAAUAUGAAUACUAAUGUAGUGGGCUUGGCCACAAAUCCUUUACAAUAUUCAACAUUGUGUAAUCCUAGUCCUUUAAAUGAUUUGAAUUCUAAACAGUUUUUGCAAAAUUUGAAUAAAAUUCAAUUGAGUAGUCAACUUUAUUCCCCUUUUCCUACUCCUAUGCAUCUGUCUCUACCUCCACCGCUCUUUCCAACUACUCAAUUCUCACUAGUAUCGUCUUCAUCAUCACCAGCAGUCUCAUCACCUGUCUUCAGUAGUGGAAAUCAAAUUCAUCAUUGGCCAUACGCAAAUUUCCUAUCAAAUUCAAACAUUUCCAAAUUAACCGGAAAUAUCCCUGUAGGUUAUGAUACUACAUCAUUAUUAAUGCCUUCUGGAAAUCCAAUAUUAAAUAAUUCCAACAAUAGUAAUAAUAUUCAAAAUGGUUUCUUAUCAUAUCCUUUUUUACUUGCUAAUUCAACAUUUACAAACACUGGACAGCUGAACUUAUGUAGUUCAACUCCUUUGCUAGGAGCGUGUCCAUCAUCUUUGCAAUCAGUGCUUGGCGCAUCAUGCAUUCUUGGUGCACAGAACCUUAAUAGUAAUAAUAACAAUGAUACCCAUGGUCACAAUCGUGAUACUCUUCAAAAUUGCAUCUGGCUUCCUUAAUCUUAUUGAUAAACUUUUCUAAGUGUAUUGUAAUUCAGUAGUUAGAUAGAUAUACCCGUCUUUAUUUGCUUCGGAGUGCAUACGUGCCUACUAGCCUGUUUUUGUAUGCUUAUGUGAUUAACUGUAUUAUAAAUAUUAUGAUAUAUAUGUCAAUAAUAGCAAUUUUUCCUUCAAAUACAAAUGAGCAUGUAAAGAUUUACAAAAUAGUUGAGAAAUGUAUAUGCAUGACAGGAAUAUAUCUUUGUUCACUUUCUACAUAUAUUUCUCUAUUUUGUUUGUAUAUGUGUAUUUUACCUGGUCUUCACUUAUACCCUGGUUUAUUAAUUUACCAUGACAGUCGUUUUCUUUCUUUCUUUCUUUCUCUCUCUACAAUAUAUGUGUUGGUUUAGCUGUAUUUAUAAAGAAAUAGAGAGCUAUUGAAAUACACUUAAACUUCAUG